AUGUGCAAGGCAAUUUCGCGUGCAGGAGGUGACCGCUCAGGUGAUUCCUCUUUAACCUUACGCCAUUCCGCCCCCUCCCCUUCCAACCCCUCCCCCUUUUCUCUGCAAACUCCCUCUCCGCCCAACUCCUCUCCUCACUGCCCCCACAGCGCAGUGGCCGUUGGAGUGACUUUUGAGAACCGUCAAAAGCCAUCUCCCCGCCCUUCCCUUCCCCCUCUCCCCCCCUGUAGAGGCUUGGCUCGUGCAGUGCAGUACAAUGCAGCGCUGGCGUGCGCCUGCUACAUGGCGUUGAAAUCGCUUUUGAGAAUUCUCAAAACCGAUUUCAAUAUUCCCUGCUUGCCCUCUCCCCUCCUCCCAGUGGCUCGUGCAGUCCAGUACAAUGCAGCGCUGGCGUGCGUCUGCUACAUGGCGUUGCAGAGUGGCUGGGCCUGGUGCAUAAACUGCAGCUCUGGCGUGCAUCUGCAUCAUGGUAUCGCAGGGCUGCAUGGUGCUGCAGGGCUUCAUUACCCUGCUCCCUUCCCCCUCCCCCUCCUCCUUUUCUUCCCCUGCUCCCUUCCCCCUCCCCCUCCUCCUCUUCUUACCCUGCCCCCUUCCCCCUCCCCCUCCUCCUCUUCUUCCCCUGCUCCCUUCCCCCUCCCCCUCCUCCUCUUCUUCCCCUGCUCCCUUCCCCCUCCCCCUCCUCCUCUUCUUCCCCUGCUCCCUUCCCCCUCCCCCUCCUCCUCUUCUUCCCCUGCUCCCUUCCCCCUCCCCCUCCUCCUCUUCUUCCCCUGCUCCCUUCCCCCUCCCCCUCCUCCUCUUCUUCCCCUGCUCCCUUCCCCCUCCCCCUCCUCCUCUUCUUCCCCUGCUCCCUUUCCCCUCCCCCUCCUCCUCUUCUUCCUCUGCUCCCUUCCCCCUCCCCCUCCUCCUCUUCUUCACCUGCUCCCUCCCUCCCUCCCCUCCUCUUCCUCUGCUCUCCCUGCUCCCUCCCUCACCCCCCUCCCCUUCCUCUGCUCUCCCUGCUCCCUCCCUCACCCCCCUCCCCUUCCUCUGCUCUCCCUGCUCCCUCCCUCCCCCCCCGCCCCUCCUCUGCUCUCCCUGCUCCCCCUCUCCCCCCCUCUCCAGUGGCUCGUGCAGUACAAUGCGGCCUUGGCCUGCAUCGGCUGCAUGGUGCUGCAGGGCUUUAUAGACGACGUGCUCGAGACACCCAGCCGUGUGCCACACACACCACCAUCGCCAUCCCACCAGCAAAUCAUAGCCUCCCUGCCUCUCCUAAUGGCCUAUUCAGUCCACACCACCAUCGCCAUUCUCAAGCCCCUUGAUUCCUCCCCCCUCUCCCCGUCACCCCCUCCCCCUCUUUCCCCCCUGGCCCCGGCUCCCCCCUCCCCUUCUCCUCCACAGCAAAAUCAUAUUUCCCGCCAUAGCCGCACUGCCUCUCCUGAUGGCCUAUUCCGGCCCAAGCCGCUGCGGCCGCUGCUGGCAGGGCUGGCUUGGUCAGGGGGGGAGGCAGCAGGGUCAGGGGGGGAGGCAGCAACGUGGGACCUUGGCGUGCUGUACAAGGUGUGCCUGGUGGUUCUCGUGGUGUUCUGCACCAACUCCAUCAACAUCCUUGCUGGAAUCAACGGGUUGGAGGCCGGGCAGACUGCUGUGAUCGCCGCUGCGGUACUGCUGUUCAACAUAUGGCAAAUUGGCGAGCUGCCGGGCUUUAAGUUGCCACUGCAGCCGGACAUGCAGCAGGCCCACCUCUUCUCCAUCUACCUCAUCCUGCCGCUUCUUGCCUGCACGCUCGCCCUGCUUGUCUUUAACUGGUACCCCUCGCAGGUCUUUGUGGGUGACACAUUCACCUACUUUGCUGGAAUUACACUGGCAGUGGUCGGCAUUUUGGGACACUUCAGUGAGACUCUGCUGCUGCUGAUGCUCCCUCAGGUUAUCAAUGCAGUUUACUUCGUUCCCCAGCUACUCAAUAUUGUGCCGCGCCCAAGAUUUUCCCUGCCUGCCAAGUUCGACCCAGCUACACACCGUCUGACGGGCAGCAACGACCUCAACCUCGUCAACCUCUUCCUGCGCGUCUUCGGCCCGUGCACCGAGGAGCAGCUCUGCAUCCGCCUGCUUCUCUUCCAGGUGCCCCCUGCUCUUCCAAUUGUCCCGUUGGCAGCUGUAGCUAGUGUUUCUGUCACGCUGCCUAGCCUCUUCGGCCCGUGCACCGAGGAGCAGCUCUGCAUCCGCCUGCUGCUCUUCCAGGUGCAUUGCAGUGUGUGA